UCAAGUAGUUAACGAUUUCAACACUCGUAAAACAUUAAUACAAGAUUUUACACGACUCAAAGAACACAAAAGAGGAGCAAUUCUGUUUUAUUGUUUUAGAUUCCGCCUAAGCCGAAGAAUCGAACUCUGGGACAAGUUACGUUGGGUUAAACUAAGAAUUACACUGAAUUGAAAAUGGCUAUAUGUGAUACCAGUGCAAGGGAUCAAGCUCUAAUUAGAACCUUACUGAGCAUAUCUGAACAAUCGUCAGGUCCUAAGCAUCCUGAAUACAUAGCUUAUAAUGACAGACUAUACACUUUGAUAUUAUGGUUAGAAGGAUUAAGCCAGAAGCCAGAAAUCUUAGCAGAGAUGGGCCUCUGUUAUAAUUAUUACGAAAAUCAAGUCUAUUGUUUUUACUGCGAUUGCAAAAUGUCUCGACUUCAACACGGAGAGGAUCUAUGGAUUAUACACGCUAUCCUUGCACCAUACUACAAUUAUCUAAGAACCCGGAAAGGAGAAGAAUUCAUAGAAAAAGUAUAUACAAGUGUAAACUUUAAUAGAAAACCACCACCAAAGAGUCUACAUUGCCAUGAUCAAUAUUCUAGUUCGGAUAAAUCAGAUAUAGUAGUAAUGAAACCACUGGAUUGUAAAAUAUGUUUCAGAAAGGAAGGCAAGAUCCUUUUUCUUCCUUGUUCUCAUUUAAUUGAUUGCGCAGAGUGUGCCAUUAAAUUAGAAGAAUGUUGCAUAUGUUAACAAACAAUCGAACAUAUGAUUCAUGUAAACUCUUAAAGAGGAAACAUCUUGACGAUUUCAUCGAACAUGUAAGAUGAGGAUAAAAAGCAUAAAAUUAUAUCUAACCCGACCACUCGGAAAAAUUAAGAACCAUUAUAUGACGAUUUCAACGAAAUUUAGAUAAACUAUUAUCCGAACCAUUACUGCAAGAAGAGUUGAAAUAAAUGAAUAUAUAGAAGUACGAUUAAAAGUAGAUGAUAAUAUUAUUGAUAUAAGAAGAAUUAGACAUCGCGUGCAGAACCAUCGUAUAAUUAGCUGAACAACGAACAAGAACUAAUUCAUUAAGGAAGCAGCCACGAGGGUAUUCUUAAGCCGACUUCAUACACCACUGUAACGUUUCAGAUCAUGACUUCAAAACAAUAAACAAGUAAAUAGAGAUUAA